AGCGUCGCAAGUACGGUAUACGCCGAGCCUCGACAGGCCAGAAGCCCCUACAGCCUGAGGAACAAUUUAGAAGCACUCCGGCAGUGGAGAACGAGGAGAGAACUUCAGUUUAUCCGUCAACUGCAAGCUUAUGAUUAUAUCUUCUCAGACAGUCAAUUCUCAGAUAUUGGGGUUCAUUCAAGGCGAUUAACGGAAAGAUUAAUAGCUUUGAAUCGGCCGCUGGAAGGCGAACCCAACCCGACGCAAGACAUAUUGCGUUCGGUGGAAGAUGAAGUCCCCUUGACUGCUGUAACGCCGAAGGAAUACAUUGGCAAUGCUCCGGAAGUGCAGAGCAUGACUGCUGAAACCUCACCUGAAGGCCCAUCAUCUACUACAUCUUUGCUAUCCAAGACCUACCACAGAACACUGACAAUUCUGUCUCGUAUCGGCCUAAGAGAAAGCGACACUCGACGAGGCUACACACGGAUCAGAUGGAAGAAUGGUCGGGGUAAAUGGCUUUAUGAUGAUUAUGUUGAGCAUGUGCCAGGUGCUUUGGAAGAUAUGAAGGCAUUCUUGAGGUCAUCAGCAUAUGUCACAACUGCUGAUAUGAGUGGUGGUAGCCAGCAAGUCCCAACAAGCUCCACCUCUUCCUGUAAUUCAACUUCGAGCGCAUCACAGACGCAACACUCUCCCUCGAGUGAUUUCACGGAUCAGUUACAAGGCUCGAAUGUUAUACCCACUAGCAACAGCCAAACGGAUGUUGAACUGGGUGAAAUUGUCUCUCAUCCUCCACUUCUCCUGUCAUGUCUUGAAAGAGGCAGAUAUGCAGUAGAGCUUCGCCAAGAGUCUAUCAUAGGCGUAGCAGAUGAUAGGCAGUUGUUCUACACACUACGCCGUAUCUACCAUGAGCACCGAGGACGACUAAGACCCAUAUGGUCUCUGAAAACCCUGCAUAGUAUUCAUUUUAUGAAGUUUGCCUAUGGCGGAAGCCGCUACAUCGAUGUUCGAUGCCACGAAGAAAUUUGCGAAACGGGAAGACCUUGUGUCUGCGUGCCUCCCGAGCAACUUGUCCUCCCUAAGGGAAAGGAAUACGACUGUCGUCCAAUUCCUCCAAAGCUUUCCCCACCUAUCGGCCCACGACUCAUGAUGGACUUCUUCAACAACCCCCAGUACAUUGCCCCAAAUAGCAUCUUGAUUGUUCAACAACUUCCGAAACGGGCAUGUGGGAAGCUGCAGAAUAAGUACAUAAAUCCCACCGAGGCAUGGGGUAUUUUUUACAAGGAAGACUGGAACUGGGCGAAGAUUUGGUGGAUUCUCGCAUUGGGCUUCUUCCCUCCUAGUCUGCUUUUCGGGGUACUGUGGACUGUUUUCAAGCAGGAUAUUUCGGGUGCUUUUGGUGUCGCGAGUUGGUGGAUGGCUGGUGCGUCUAUCAUUGUGGGUAUAGUUGGGACUUAUGAUAUGCGAUGA